AUGUCGUCCGGUAACAGAAAAGAGCGGCGUGCAAAAGAAUUAAAAUCCGACUCAAAAGGCAGUGGAACCGGCUUCCAGCCUAGCACCGAGCUCGACCAGGAGGGUGUCGAGAUGAUUUUAAAGCACCCCGACUUCUCCGGACCGAAGGGCAAGACGCUGUUCGAAUUGGCCGAAGAGAGACAGCGGGAACUAGACAAGGCCAAUGGGACGAUACGAGCCGUCAAAGUACCAUUGGCGUCUACGCCCUCCUCAUCCAACGACGAACUACCUCCCAUCGGCGCACUUGGGGACUCGAUUCUUUAUUCGACCGCCAUGGCAGCCUUGCACCUCACCCUCGACGUCAUCGUCUACAGCCAAUACCGCGAGGACAUAAUAUGGAACGAGAUUAUCUGGCGGGCCGCUACCGCGUUGCCUAUAUUCACCGUGCUGGUCUACCUUACCCACGUCGAUUUUUCAUACCGCUUUCCUAUACUUCGAGAUGUCACCUUCUUUGUAGGGUCAAUCGCCGCAGGCUGCUAUUUGGUAUACGCGGGGAACAAGCAUGGAUACUUCUAUGUCAUGAAGUCAGCUCCUCCAGUUGGCACGCUCUGGGUUUGGAGCGUUGUCGAGAUGACUCUGCCUUUUGCCGCCAUGAACGCCGCUGUUGUGCUUGGCUACAUUUGGUGGAAUGGAUUCGAUUUCUUCUGA